AUGUCUGCCAACUUGUUGAGAUUUUAUUUCAAUAUCGACUUCGUACAACCAAACUACGAAGUCCAACGUGAAAUUCGUGACGCUCAGCAGAACUGGUAUCCACCGACGGAUCCAGACGCCGUUUCUCUUGUGGCAACAACUGGUUGGCGAAAAUGGGAACUCGGUUCAAUCACCCAGGCACAGGUUUCCGGGGGUAACAAUUUCCGAGAGUGUUCUCUCUUCUAUGAUUCCGAAAGGGAUCAUUUCCUCGGAGUGCCGUUGAACUGCAAGAAAAGGAGUGUGGGACAAGAAAUCAAAACUAGGGAUGCGCGGUAUGGCUGGAGAAGACUUACCUUCAAACAUCCAGAGCCCAUAAAAAAUGGAAAUCAUAUAUCAGUUCUUGACUUCGAUGCUCCGUAUAAUGUCCUCGCUGCUCCAGGGUCUCCAAGAUGGAUGCCAGAGCUUAUACCACAGACUUAUGACUAUAAUGAUCUGGAUGAAAAUGUAUUUGGAAACACAGCUCUUGCCGGAAACUUAGCGCUCUUAAUUGGGCUCGCAGCUUUUAGUGGACCUUUUCCUGAACACGGUCCUGAUGUUGAGCUGACGGUGGAAGCGAUCCGAGCAUUCAGGCCUCCCAAUUGGGUUCCUCACGGAAUGAGAAGUAGAAUCUCGAUCAAGAGUAUUGGUAGCAACGACGCAUCGCUGGACAAGUGGUCACAGGGGCAUUUUGGUGCUUUAAUAAAUCCGUGA